AUGAACGACUUCAACGACAAAAAGAAGAAGAAAGAUUGCACAGAAGAACAAACCCGAAGGUUUAAUGAUGUUUUUUUAUUUAAUUGUCCUGUUUGUCCAAUGAGUAACAACGGCAUAAAGGUGCAGACAACAGAAACAAAGAUUGAAUAGAAAUAAAGCCACUUACUUACCACUGUUGUAUUUGAAUUUAGGGAAAUUUUGUUGUUGGUGUUGAUGGAACAGAUCUUUUUGAACCAUAUGAUGAUUAUAAUGAUCGGUAUGUGUGAACAAUGAAACGUGGAUUAAAAGAAUGAAAUAGAACUCAUCAACGCUCAACAGUUUCCUCAAAUAACAUUGUAUGGCAUUACCAAUGAGCUCCAUUUUUUAUCUGGAGCGAGUCCAAAAAGUAAAGCCACUAUUGGACGUCGGUUUCGGUCCCUUUCUCUUGUUUUUGCCUGCGCGGUCUGCAAAGAUUGUGCCAAAAUUUCGUGUUUUGACAAAACUGGUUUUAUGAACUCAGAACUUGUCUUGAUUAGCGAUACGGUGCGUUUAAGCCAUACGUAUAUGAACUGAAAAAUGAUAAAAACUGUCACUAUGUGUUUUUUAGGGCAAUGCCAAACGUUGAGGUCACUAAAAUGGUAAUCAAUCAAUCUAUAGAGGUAACACAUAAUCUUUAUAGUGAUGCUAAAGUCUUUGGGCUAAGGGUGCUGUUGUUUGGUUUUCUAAAACGUAUUCAUUCAGUAACCUAAGUUAGAACAAUCUUUAGGCGCCAUUAACUACAAGUGACACAAUGACGUUAAGUGGCAACCUCACAGUUCAAAAUGGCAACGGUAUUGGUCACGUGUCAGCUGCGUGGAGACGUGUGGUGUCGACCUUCUCCUGGGCGGAGGUGAGUAGAAAUUCCUUUGACGCCACUGUCGCCAUCCAGGCCUGGGGACAAUAUGGAGAAAACUAGAAAUUCUUGGAUCUCAAACAAAGCUGUAGAUCGAAACCAUUCUUGGAAAUACUCGAGACAAGAAAUGUUUCUGAGCAGAAAUUGUUUACUAACAUUGACAAAUGAUAGUGACUGUGUUUUCAGUUCAAGUUAACUACAGGCCCUUCGUUUGGCCCAUCCAACUACCCGACGAAGUUCUCCUCAUAUUUUUAGGUAGUUGUACUGUAUAUUGUCUCUGCCUAUACCGUGGCAUCGACCAUUCGAAAUCGAUUAAAAAUUAAAUUUUCCCUUUAGAUUGAAUUUGCCGCAGGUAACGGACCCACGUUGCAGUUAAGAGCGUUUCGAAAUCUCACAACGUGCAGGUGUGAAAUGUUAUUUCAAAAAUUACAACUUAUCAAUUUAAAACUUAUCAAUGUUGUGCAUAUUUCUUGUCAAGUUAUGGUAAUUUGGGAUUGGUCUUUCAUAAACAAACCCGUGGGAUUGGAGCUGGCGUUCAAGCAAGUAUGUUGUCACCUACUUUCGAGGGCGUGGCUACUUUUGGGAUCUUACGGUAUUGAACUAGAUCGCGUGGCCUGAUUCUUAGUGAACUGAUGGCAGUGUAGUUAAUACAUGUGCAUGUCUCCUACCUCUACAGCAGGGCAUCUGUUUCUGUAGAAGGCUUUUGUAGUAAACUUUAUACAUUUACCACCUAACCAGGCGCAGUUGUGAAAAAUGCAACUAUGGGUCCUCUGUGGGCGAUUCCGGUGCAGUGCUCUAACCAAACUGCUACUUAUCUAUUUUAGUGGUUGCUAGGCAACUAGGUAGCCAUACAACUGGCUAUAUCACGUGGAAAGGUGGGUCGGGAUCCUCCAUGGAAAGCUCUUUUGUGAAGGAAAGUGAUAAUUCAAGAUUGCAACUUGGACUUCAGGUAGGUAUGGAGAUCGGAUGUAGCGCUCAAAUGUCUCCGCGAUGUUUGCUUGUGUGGAUGAUACAAUGUUUUGGUUGUUGCUUUGAACAGUGAUAACACGCACAAAACAAAGCGCGAUGUCUUAUAUGUCACAAUUUCUGUGGUGACUUAUACACACGAACAAACGUUCGUAAUUGUCAGUUAUUCUUUGUCACAUAGAAACUGGAACGCCAGUUUUCCACAUAACAUUUAGCCAAAUCUCUCGUGUACACAAACAAAUAAUAAUUGUCAUAGAAAAAUUAUCACAAAAAUUUGUGGACGAGGCUUACUCAUGAUUUUCUUCUUGUAGCUCGGAGUUAAGAAUUGUUUUGCGUCGCUGACAUAUCAAUACAAGAUAGACGUGGAUACAAGGUUACGCACUGGAAUAAAGUAAGUGAAGUCUCAUUCAUACCAUUCUUAUUGCACGCUAGUUUAUAUUUCUAUGUAUGAUGUUUGUAUCUAGUGUAUAUUUUCUUUCCCCAUCACAGAUUUGGUUUGCUAGAGUCACAGUUGAGCUAUGGCGCUGACAGAAAGAUAUCUGAGCACAGUAACCUGGGUGCUAGUAUAACUAUCGGUAGUCUAAAUGGAGUUGUGUUAAAAAUCAGGUAAUAUAUACAUUGUCUCUGUACUACACUUGAGUAUUGUAAUAUGUUGGCUUGCAAUCGUUCGUUGUUUUCUCGGUGAAUUGAAGACGACAUUCAAGGUACGGUAAAUUAUCUGAUAAACGCCCACUCUCCAAGGCUUUGAUAAGGCAUUUCAAUCAAAUCUCGGUCAGCGGAGGUAGAGACGAUGACAAACGGCUGUGGUGUCAAGGAAAAACAACUACCUGAAAAAAUGUAAACACAACUUCCACGGUUUGAGCGAAGGCCCUUCGUUAGGAGCGAGGUUUUGGUUGAAGUAAGUAAAGUACUAUACCUACUUAAAACAGGCUAACUCUACUCAAUUGCAUGUUCUCUUCACACCACGACCAGUCAACUGAACUAUACUGUAUUAUGUAUGCUAUAAUAUCAACUGAACUAUACUAUAUAUGCUAGUAUUCCAAAGAUCGUAGGUUCGAUUCCCACCUUGGCAUAUUUUUCAAGUUUGCCCGGUGUGGAUAUACACUCAGAGUAACAUCACAAGCAUCAUAUUCACCUCAGUACAUUACACCAACACAGAAAAAAAAUCAUGAACUAUACUGAUCACGUUUCUUCUAUCUUUAGAUUAAAUCGCUCGAAUCAGAGUUUUGUUUUUCCUCUAUUACUCUCUGAUUCGAUAUCUCCAAUGGCGAUAUUUUAUGGAACUGUAACACCACUGCUUCUCUACUACGCUAUCUCCACGCUUCUUGUGAAACCAUUCUUGGCGAAAGCAAAAGAGACGUAUGUCUUAUAGUUAUCAUUACGUUGGGUCUCUGUAUAUUAGGAUGUUAGGGUUUGUAAUCCAAGUGAGAAUAUAUACAUUUUAAGACCUAACCAGGAACGACUGCGAAAAAUGCAGCACAAGGUCCUCUGGUAGGAAUUGAACCUACGGCCCUGCGAUUCCGGUGCAGCGCUCUAACCAACUGAGCUACAGAGGCCAGCUGUUAAGCUGUAACCGUAAGUUCAUGUACUGUAUAUAUAGGUAAUCGGGUGUGCGGGUUGUGAUAAGGUGGACUUCAACGAUUUGGAUUUUUGCACUUCACUUGGUGGCAGGCCUUAAAAUAUCUUUUCCAAGGCCGUCUGACAAAAUGUCCGGUGACGCUGAGUUUGGGUCGGACAUAUGUCCGAUGACUUUCAGUUCAGUUUUGACUCGGAAAUAAGUCUGAAUGACACAAAUGAAUAAACGUUAAAUGUUGUAAAGAUAUUAAAUAAUUUCUUUCAUACUUAUUUCCAAGCCAAAAUUAACUCGCUUGCCAGAACAGCAGUGUUAAAAAAGAUUUCGACAACUUAAGCCCGUUUUCCACUUCACCAUUUCGCUCGCCGCCCCGCGCUCGACUAUGUUAAAACAACAUUUCCAGUACACCUUUUAUACAAUAGUACGUCGGACAAAGCUACAGUUUGGUCGGACACCAAUUCACUUGGGUCGGACAAACAAUAAACCUCAGUUUCACUUUGGUCGGACAGAAUGUCCGGUGGUUUCCUCUCCACGUCGGACAAUUUCACGAAUGGGUCGGACAAUGUCCGUGACCGACCGAUAUUUUAAGGCCUGUUUGGUGGAAUUAAUAUUAGAAUGUUAGGUCAUGGAGUUUGUUCUUCUUACCUAGAUCAAAAUUUAAUCUAUAGCUGGGAUCAUACAUUGACUUAUUAUCUUUAUUUUAUUUUUAGCUCCGUAUCGAACAAACGAAAACCAGAUUUCAUUUCUCCCGUUCAUCCUGGCGCCUUACAAAAGAACAGAAAACGUUCUUAUGUCAGUUUAGGAAACCCAGGACGUCUAAGCACCGGUUAUAAUGGCUUGGGUGGACACUCAACCGUGUUGAUGCCAUCACAAGCGAAGAGAAUUAAAAAGGUUGCCAAACCGCAAACUUUAUCGAAAUUCGUUCGGACGAAAGCGAAUCCGCCUUUACCACAUAUGUAA